AAAAAGAUAAAAGCUAUAUCUCUUCAUUCUCCCAUGCUCUGGUAGUUUCUUGUUAAUGGGUUCUCUCAGUUUAUCACUUUUAUUUCCUUUAAUAUCUUUCUUAUUUUUGCUAAUUAUUAUUAAAUUUUUGCUCCCAAUAGAAUUUAUUCUAUCCAGUCCAUUCCAGUCCACACCCCCAUGGUAAUAUUAAUAAGAAAGUUAAAAGUGAAGGUGUGUGUUUGGAUUUUAUUGUUUUCUUGACAAUAUAGCCCAUGGAUUAGGGUUUUGUAAGCUCAUCAAGCUUUUCCCCAUAUUGGUAAUUUCCACAAUCUUAGGUUUACUUGGAGAGCUUUUUGGAAGUAGCAAGAAAGAACCCCACACACCCUACUCACCCACUCACACCCCCACUCUUCAAUCUGGCUUUUUCUUUGCUGCAUUUGGGUGUGGAAUGCAAGAGACAUGAGGUGGGGUUCUAAAUCCUUCACCAGUGGAUCUGCCUUUUCAUAUUUUGUUUUGGGGGGUUUAGUUUUUCAAGAUUUGAUAUCUGGGUUCUGAACUCAUUGUAGAUUUGAGGGGGGGUUUUGAGCUCCAACUUCCAAUCUCCCUCAAAUGGGUUUAUGAGUUUCUUCAUUUUUUUAAGAUCUGGCUUCUAAAUGAUGCCCUGUUCAUCUUCUUGACCUUCUUUUGUUAAUUCACUGGAUUCAGAGUCCAUUGUUUUUUUAGAAAAUUUGUCAUUGUGAGUGUGAAUUGAGUUCAAUUUUGAGUGUGAAAAAAUGCCUCCAAGCAAGUGGUGGCAAAAGGACACAAGAAAGGGAACUCCAGUGGUUGUAACCAUGGAGAACCCUAAUUACUCUGUAGUCGAAAUCGAUGGGCCAGACUCUGCAUUCCGGCCAGUGGACAAGGAUAGGGGCAAGAAUGCCAAGCAAUUCACAUGGGUUUUGCUUCUCAAAGCUCACCAAGCUGUCGGUUGCGUCGCGUGGCUCGGCAAUGCUCUGUGGGCAUUGCUUGGUGCCAUCAAGAAAAGAUUGAUAUUAAGGCAAGGUGUGACAGUGGAAAAUGAAAAAUCUGGGAAAGGAAAGCUAUUGUUUAGGGUCAUUUUAGCUUUCUUAGUGACUGCUCUUUCAUUUCUUGCAUUUGAAGUGAUUGCCCACUUCAAAGGUUGGCCUUAUUUCCAAAACCCCAAUUUGCACAUCCCACAAACCUUGGAGAUUCAGGGUUGGCUCCACACUGUGUAUGUUACUUGGUUGAAUUUCCGUGAAAACUACAUAGCUCCUCCAAUUCAAGCCCUCUCUAGCUUCUGUGUUGUUCUCUUCUUGAUACAAUCCGCCGACAGGCUUGUACUCUGUCUAGGCUGCUUCUGGAUCAAGUACAAGAAGAUCAAGCCACAAAUCAAUGGGGAUCCAUUUAAAUCAGAGGAUGUGGAGAGCCCUGAAUGUAACUAUCCCAUGGUUCUUGUCCAGAUUCCAAUGUGUAAUGAGAGAGAAGUAUAUGAACAAUCUAUUUCGGCAGUUUGCGAACUUGAUUGGCCGAAAGACCGAUUGUUGAUUCAAGUUCUUGACGACUCUGAUGAUGAAAGCAUUCAGUGGUUAAUCAAGGAAGAGGUCUCCAAGUGGAGCCAAAAGGGUGUCAACAUUAUCUAUCGGCAUCGAUUGGUUAGAACCGGUUAUAAAGCCGGAAACCUUAAAUCCGCAAUGAAUUGUGACUAUGUCAAGGCGUACGAGUUUGUCGCAAUCUUUGAUGCUGAUUUCCAACCAAAUUCCGAUUUUCUCACACAGACAAUUCCACAUUUUAAGGACAAUCCAGAGUUGGGUUUGGUUCAAGCUAGGUGGACGUUUGUGAACAAGGAUGAAAAUCUAUUGACGCGGUUACAAAACAUUAAUUUGUGCUUCCACUUUGAGGUGGAGCAACAGGUAAAUGGAGUCUUUCUCAAUUUCUUUGGUUUCAAUGGGACUGCCGGUGUGUGGAGAAUCAAAGCAUUGGAAGACUCUGGUGGCUGGCUUGAGAGGACAACCGUAGAGGAUAUGGACAUUGCUGUUCGCGCUCAUCUUAACGGCUGGAAAUUCAUUUUCCUUAAUGAUGUCAAGGUACUUUGUGAAGUUCCCGAGUCAUAUGAAGCUUACAAGAAACAACAACAUCGUUGGCAUUCGGGUCCAAUGCACCUCUUUCGGUUGUGCCUUCCAUCCAUCAUUACUUCUAAGAUAUCAUUUUGGAAUAAAGCAAACUUAAUUCUACUAUUCUUUCUCUUGAGGAAACUCAUCCUCCCAUUCUAUUCGUUCACAUUGUUUUGCAUCAUUCUUCCUUUAACCAUGUUUGUUCCUGAAGCCGAGCUACCCAUCUGGGUUAUUUGUUACGUCCCCGUAUUCAUGUCAUUCCUAAGCAUUCUUCCAUCACCAAGAUCAUUCCCAUUUGUUGCCCCAUACCUUCUAUUUGAGAACACAAUGUCCGUGACCAAAUUCAAUGCUAUGGUAUCUGGACUCUUCCAAUUGGGAAGCUCCUACGAAUGGGUGGUCACAAAAAAGGCAGGUCGGGCAUCAGAGCCUGACCUAUUGGCCGCAGAAGAGAGGGAAACUAAGGCAAUGAAUCACCCACAGCUCUCUCGUGGCGCAUCUGAUAGCGGGCUCUCUGAACUCAACAAAUUGAAAGAGCAUCAAGAAGCAGUUCCCAAACCACCAAAGAAGAAAAUGAACAAGAUAUUCAAGAAAGAGCUUGCCUUGGCGUUCUUGUUACUCACUGCAGCGCUCAGGAGCCUUUUAUCAGCUCAAGGUGUACACUUCUACUUCUUGCUUUUCCAAGGUGUGUCGUUCCUCCUUGUGGGUCUCGACCUUAUUGGUGAACAAGUAAGUUGAGCUGACACUAGGGAAAAAGAAAAAGGAAAAGAAAAAAAAGUAGAUAAAAAUAAAUUCUAUCAGUUUGAAGCUGCGAAAUUCAUACCGGCCUAUUUAUUUAAGGUGCUCAGUUAGUCCUCUGCCUUUGGUGCCCCAUGCAGGUGAAAGCUAACCGGCCUGCAAUUUCAAAAUAAGUUCUUUUCUUCUCACUCACAAUUGCGCAUAUAGAUUUUUUAUUUUUAUUUUUUUCCCAUUUUCGUUCAUCGAUUGGCCUUUGAUCUUGCUAUAAUUUUUUGGGUAAAUUGUGACAUAUAGGCCAAUCUUCAACAUUAGGCCAUCAUUGUUGUCGUCAUCGUAAAUGUUCUUCUUUCUCUUCCACUUAUUCGGUUCUUUAAUUGGUGAUGUUGUUUGUUAUUAUAUGUAAGGACAGAGGGUAUUUUUAUUUUUUUUUCAUUUGUUUAAUUUUCUUUGUAUUGUGGAUUAAAGUGUGGUUUGUGUUUAUAUUAGAUUAGCUCAUCUUUGAAUUCAAAGAAACCAUCAAGGCUUAGCCAUUUGGUUUCCCUGAGAUUACAUUACAUGUAACUAAUAUGUAAAUUUGCACCAGUUAUAUAUCUAUUUGAUUGAAGAUUCUCUCUC